AUGGAGCCGGACAAGUUCACAAACAUUCUGGAUGACCCUUCUUUGACUUUACAUUUUUUGGCAUACGAUAAUUCCAUCAAGGCGUUAGAAACAAUGAAGUACCUUCUAGAUACCGGUAAAUUCGAUGUAAAUCAGAAAGAAGAGCAGGACCAACUGACUCCUUUGCACAUUGCUGCUCAUUGGGACAAUUUGAGUAUGUGUCAACUAUUGUUGCAUUACGGGGCGGAUCCAUUGGCUUUUUCGGCCGAUGAACAAUGUGCCAUUGAUAUUGCUAAUGGUAAAUCUCGAGAGUUUCUGAAAAAACUGUGUAAUAGACGAGGUCAAAAGAAGAAACAGAGAAGGAUUAUGAAGUUUAUAAGGUAAUAUUUUGGUUUUUACGAUUUUUGUGUUUAGGAGAGUUAGUUUAGAGAGCAAACUUUGAAAAAACACAGGAUAAGAUAAGUUUUUUGAGGGAAAUCAUUAUUUUGGGCUGUUUUUUGAUGGCCGGUCGGUUUAAACACUUGACUAAUCGUUUAUUACUGACUUUAAGCCGCCGGUAAUAAUAGUAGUUCUUUGUUUUAUGUCGUUUUAGUCUUGUUUCGAAGAAAAAUGUUGUUUUAGUCAACAUUAUUAUGGGUUUUUGUCCGUUUUUAUUGAAAACCGAGUAUUUAAUGAUAUUUUACGUAAACUAAUAUUAAUUCCAGUCUAAAACUAAUCUUUUUAGGCAUGUUUUCCAACCUCACAAGCAGAAAUCAACUCCCAAGCUCGAACGUCCUCCUUCAGCACCUCCAUCUUUUAUCAAUCGUCUAGAUGGACAAGAGCCUCCAACAGACCAAAUAUUCAGUCUUAUAUCAGAACAUGAAGAUAGGUUAUCAACCACAUCGACCAGGUUAUCGACCACAUCGACUUGUAGUGAAUGGACUUUCUUUACAGCGACGGAAGGGCGGAAUUUGUCGAUUUUGAGCCAAAAAUCAGGCUUUUCCGGGUUUGAAAGUGCUCGAAAUUCGAUUAUUUUAAAUAAACAAUGGCUGGAUUUUGAUGAAAGUGCUCUUGGGGAUGUAGUGGUAAGUUUUAUAUUAGUUAUGUUUUGUAUGAUGGUUAAAAAGGGCAGAAAAUGGCCUUUGACCAAGCUUUUUUUCGAAAAAUUUUUGGUUUUUCAGCCAGUUUUCUUGAGGUUUUAGGCUUAUUUUUCAAGUUUUUAGGCUAAAAUUUAAUGACAAAGGUAUGAUUUCAGAUUGAAACAACACCAAAGGUCACUCCAACAGCUCCUCCGUUCAGUCCAGACGCUACACCAACAAUACCGCUACGAAAUUCAUCACUAAAACCUCGAUUAACCCUAAGAAAUGCUAGUUUAUUGGACAAAAACAUUACAAUAAGGUCCCCAAAGACGAAAAAAGAUCAGAUAAGGAGAUCAAGUAGCUUAGAAGAUUUGUACAGCACUCCAACAAGGCUUUCAACCACUUCAGAAGAAGCUAUGGAUCAAGUUGAGUCAGCAUCUUUCAAGCUCAAGUUGGAGGAACUCAAACGGUUAGAACUACAUGAACUUAAAGCCAGAUUGUUGAGAGAAAAGGUGGAGAGAGGUCCAUUGGAUGCGACAAAUCGAUAUUUAUACGAGACGAAGUUGGCGAGAGUGUUGGUUGAGAAAGAACAAGAUGAGAAGGCAUUAAUUGAUAGGUUUGGGGAUAUUAAUAUACGAUCAAGUAGGUUUUUUGAAAAUAUUUUUAAAAAAGUUUUCGAAAAAUUAUUGAAAUUUUAAAGAAAAAGUGAAAUUUUAUUUUCGUAAAAAAAUUGACGAAAUGUCACAAAUUUUAUUGGAUUUUUGAUGAAGUAUCACAAAACUUAUUGAUUUUUCAUAAAUGUGAAUUUUGGUUUAAAAGUCUGCAGAAAACCCAGAUUUUUAAUUUUUUGGUCAAAAACUUCAUAGAAUAGUCUACUUUUUAUUAUUUUGAUCGAAUAAUACGAAAUUUGGUCGAGAAGCAAUAAAACUAGGCUAAAUCAUCAAGUAUCAAUUUUACAUAGCCCUUUUCAGAAUACAGUAUCCCACUGGAACGACUAAUAAGGGAAGAUCCGGAAAUCUCAAAAACUGGCCAAGAAUUGGUCGAUCAAGUAAACGACCACUACAGAAGGGCGGAACAACAAGAUGCCACCUACUUUGUCUACAUCUACAUCGACCCAACAAUAGAGACCAGCUCAUUUUCCGACUUUUUAAGCUCCAUUUUCUACAUAGGGAAGGGCAAAAAUGCCCGAACUUAUUUUCAUCUGGUCGAGGCAUUGAAAUACGAGGUAGAUAGGAAUGGCAAAGAGAGCAAGAAGUGUGAAACAAUACUUGAAAUAUGGUCGAAACAGCGUGGUGUUGUACUACUAAGCGCCUUCAGUCAUAUAAACUCGGCUCACGCUUUCAUUGUGGAGGGGGCGAUGAUAGCGGCUAUGGGUAAGUUAUUGGUCGAUUUUUGAAAAGUUUUUUUUAAAUAUCGAAAAUUGGUUGAAUGACUUUUGGAAAGCAUAAGAAUAUAAGUUAACUUAAUUUAUGGCUGCGUUACAUUCAUUUGAAAAUGGCAAAAUUUGAAAAAAAGCAGAUUUCGGCGGAAAUUUUGAAUUUUUACGAAAUUUUUAAAAUAAUUUUAAAAUUGAAAGAAUACGUUUUGUAGAGUAGGAAAAGAUGAGUCUAUUCUGACGAUUUCGUAUUGAUACCUUGUUCUAUGGCAAAGUUACAUUCAUUUGAAAAUGUCGAAAAUCCAAAAAAGUUCGAAUCCGGCCGGAAAUUUUUAACUUUUUUGAAGUUUUAACCCUUUUUCAGCUAAUAUUACCUAAAGAUUUUUGAAAACAAUAAGGUUUGCUAUAUUGUAUGACAUCUACAAUCAUUUGUUUUCAGAUCUGGCCAACCUGACUAACAAAAAAGGCGGCGAAUUCAAGCCACCGGUCGAUAAGUUCACCCAGAAGGAGAAACAAACGCUAGGAGCCAGAUUACUCUACAACGCCUACGGUGUCUACAAACACUCGAUUCGUCAGGAAAUAACAAGGAAAAUGGUUCCAUUUCCAGUAACACCUCCAACGUCACCAUAA